AUCAAUUUCGCGACCACGGCCUCUUGCAUCCAGAGGACAACAUUCCUACCCCCAAUCCAUGGUCCCGGCAUCUUCAAUUCACCUCCUCUCCACCAGUUCGAAGGCUGCCCCGCUCGUCGCUUCGGAGACGUCGAGAACUCCGCAACCACCUUUCCGAACAGAAGUGGGCUCGUGUUGACCUACAUCCUCAACUCCCACGUCUCCCACGAUUCCCACGUCGGCCCCGUCUGCGAAGCCCUAUGGACCUCUGGUGAGAUGAAAUAGCCCUUCGAACGCCUCGGCCCUUGGAAGGACUGAGCUUCAACAGGCAAAUCUCACCCCGAGCAGACUCCGUGCUCGAAGUCUGAGGUCGCAUAUAUGAUUCGAGAAAUGACAGCUCCCCCAGUUCCCAGACCGGGCUUCUCCCCAACAAAAUCCCUUGAAAAUUCUGACCCAGCUACAAGACCACGGGUACCCACCGGGAGAAACCCGACGCUGAAUUCCUCAGGUCGAAACAGUCACAACCUGCUCUCCUUUGGGGCAAUAGACGAUAACACGAGUGGAUCCUCCAAUUUCUUGCCUUCCCCUAGCUUUGACGACCUCCAGAGUAGCAUAUCGAAUGAUAUCCACAACCGUUUUCCUGCACCGGGCGGUCACAAUAAGAUAAUCGGGGGAAUACGCCAGGUCGAACCUAUGGAUGCAUCAAGCAACGAAGGGCGAGGGACAGCAACUGUCAAAGCAGUAUCUGGACCUCGCCCCCUCCGGUCAGGGUCGAUAGUCCGGCGGCAGAGUACGUCGACUCGGCAGAGCAGUAUCUCUUCUACAACUUCGGGGGGAUCCGGGCCCAUGGAUCCUCCAACCGCACAUCUGGCCGCGCGGACCCGACGUCAAAGUCAAUAUCCCCCCCUAUCAGGCAGCGGUGCUGCUAAUGGGCCUUUCAAGAAUCCUCGAAAAUCGAUAGGACCCGGUGUGGUUGAUUCUGAUUACUCGAGACCAGAACAAAGACGACGUCCAAGUCUGGUCUCAAAUUCAUCUGCACAGGGGUUGGCAGACGCUGCGGGGUCAACUCGACUGAAUAUUGGAAAUGGGGGAAACUAUGAGGGGGCUCAAAGACUCACUGUUUCCAGGGCCGCGAAGGCCAAGUCGCUCCAGCCACCAUCGAGACAAGGCCAAGCUCAUUUGACUGUCAGUACCCCGGAACACAGCAGGUCACUAUCAUUUGCUGGCAGGGCACCUGUUCGAGUUAACGGCCAAGGAACAAGCACGCCAUCCUUUUCGGCAAAGCGGGUAUCUGUUAUGCCUGGAAUGCUGCAAGGCGCCCAUGCAACUGGACUGGGUGCAAGGACUGUCAGUCCUACAGAUGCGAGAAGAGCGAAACGAUUAUCUGUCUUGCAGACCGCACCCCCAUUGAAAAAUGCACCCCCGAUUCCGAACACUCCUCCAACACCUCAGCCUGAUACACGAAGGUCAUCUCGAUCGCCCUCAAUGCUGCCGAGGAAGACUUCGGUAACGCCGUCAUCUUCAAGAACAACUCCAGAUAUCAAUCGCUCCUUGCAACCUCGAGCGCCACAGCCGGUUGCCUCGUCCAGGUUACCCACACCAAAGGCAAGGGGUGUGCAUAGUGCAGCGGGGAAUAAUGAAGAAGAGGAAGUUCCUCCAGUUCCCGCAAUACCCAAAGCGUACGAAUCUCCUAAGGACUCGAAUGUCGAGGCUGCAUUUUUCAACAGGCGCAAGUCGAGUAUGCCGUUUGAUGCCAGCAGUAUAAACAGCACCUCGACAAACAGCUUGUCCGGGAGGGGUUCAGCUCGAGAACCCAUCAGAUCUGAGCGGGAAUCGAAGCCCCGGCAGCCUGUCUCUCACAGUUCAACUUCAGAUGUUGAUCAACAGAAUAAUGCUACACCUAUAAAGAAGAAGAACCUGCAACCCCUGCGGCUCCCUCCUUUAAAUCUACUGCCUUUGAGUACCCCCACCACUGCCAAGAUUGCGGCUUUGCAAGAGACAUCUCUUUCCGAUGGACAGACCACACCCCCGCCUCGCCGAGCUGCCCCUACAACUCCUAGCACUCCAAUGACGGCAUCAAAAGCAUCAUUCCUUUUCCGUAAUCGCCCUGGCGAGAAAGGCGAGACAGAUACGCAACAUGUGCGGAGCAACAGUUCUAUCCGUCACGUUCGCUCGGAGUCGUCCUCGCAAAUAUAUGCCAGUAGCUCCGAAUCGUCAAAGCCAAUCUCCAUAAACAGCCGGACUGCAAGACAAACAGUUUCGCCGUUUGUCUCUUCCUCCCUCCCGAAGCAUAAUGGGGAGCACUCUUACAUGCCUAGGUCCAAAACGAGCGGAGAUUUCACUAAUAUGGACACUUCUCUGGAUAUUCGGCCUGCACGACUCACUGGUCCACGUGCCCAGAAAGUCAACAAACCGUCAAAAACUGAAACGCCCCCUGCCCCUGAGAUCUCAAGCCCCGAGGAGCUCGCGACACCAUCUUCAGGGACUUCAAUACGUCGAAAGCUAAGUCUUAGUUGGAAGAGAAACACGUCAAAAAGUAAUAUUAGUAUUUCACACGCAGCCAGCGAGCGAGACUUGGAAUAUGCUCCGCAACCUCCAAAGCAUGAAAAUAUGCCACCUCCGAAACUCCCUGCGUCUGCUACGAUGAACAAUCUAAACACUGUCACAGUGCCUAGCCCUAGCCUCUCUAUUAAGUCAACAACUUAUCUGGACUCGAAGCGAAGAAAGAGUUCGGCUUCGAGCAUUACUUUGCCGAACGGUCACGACAGGACGAGAAGCGAUAGUUGGGGUGUUAAUGGCAGUCCAAAGAGAGAUCCAAACGAAUCGAAGCCCGAAAAACCUGCUGUUCCUCCAGCAUCAGCACGUACAAGUUCUUCUGCUUUGCACAGAAUGCUGAACACCAAACCUUCUGUGAACAACAUGAGCGCGGCGAGGACUACUGACCCUUGGACCAUGGAUCUUGACAAAGAUGACUUAAUAGCCGAAGAAGAGAUGAGGAAGCUUGGUUCGAAACGCAAGGAGACUGAGGUCGCGGCUAGGCAACUGGAUGCGCUUCGAAAGCGUGCUACACCCAAGGAACGUGUAUCACCCCAGCAGGCUAUCCAGAUGGCCAAUCUCAACAUCUACGAGCGCGGCGAGAUUGUGGAUUACAAAGAUAUCUACUUUUGUGGAACCAGUACUGCUCCUAAACAUGUGGGAGAAUUGAGUGCAGAUGCUACAAACUUUGGUUUCGAUGACGAACGAGGAGACUACUCGAUUGUCCUUGGAGAUCAUCUACUCUAUCGUUACGAGGUUAUUGACUUACUUGGAAAGGGUAGUUUUGGUCAAGUGGUGAGAUGCAUUGAUCACAAGACUGGCGGACUUGUCGCUAUCAAGAUUAUUCGAAAUAAGAAACGGUUCCACCAGCAGGCAUUGGUGGAGGUCAACAUUUUGAAGAAGCUGCGCGAAUGGGAUCCUCAAAAUAAACAUAGCAUGGUCAACUUCACGCAGAGCUUCUACUUCCGCGGCCACCUUUGCAUCUCUACAGAGCUUCUUGACAUGAACCUGUAUGAGCUCAUCAAAUCCAACGCCUUCCGCGGAUUCUCCUUGAAGAUAGUCAGGCGAUUCACCAAGCAACUCCUGAGCAGUCUCGUGCUACUGAAGCAACACAAGGUCAUUCAUUGUGAUCUGAAGCCGGAGAAUGUUCUUUUGGCUCAUCCUCUGCACUCGGAAAUUAAGGUCAUCGACUUUGGCUCCAGUUGCUUUGAGAAUGAGAAGGUCUACACUUACAUCCAAUCUCGCUUCUAUCGAUCACCAGAAGUUAUUCUUGGUAUGACCUAUGGCAUGCCGAUUGAUAUGUGGAGUCUUGGCUGCAUCUUGGCAGAACUAUACACUGGAGUUCCUAUAUUCCCUGGUGAAAAUGAGCAGGAGCAGCUUGCAUGCAUUAUGGAAGUGUUUGGUCCGCCGGAAAAACACCUGAUUGAGAAGAGCUCGCGCAAAAAGCUUUUCUUUGAUUCGCUGGGAAAGCCUCGUCUCACCGUGUCUUCCAAAGGACGCAGACGUCGACCUUCAUCAAAGACGCUUCAGCAGGUUCUUAAAUGUGAUGAUGAAGCUUUCCUUGACUUUCUCGCACGCUGUCUACGCUGGGAUCCCGAUCGCCGAAUGAAACCGGAAGAAGCUAUUAGACACGAAUUCCUUACUGGCCAAAAGUCAUCCAUGGCACCUAUGCGAAUGAAUCCUCGAAACGAGUCUCCUAUCAAGCGACACAACACCAUUACAGUUCCAGCUAAUGCCAACAGACCUCUUCCAGAGCCGCCAGCGAAUACUCUUAAGAUUAAUGCAACGGUCAGAACACGAGAGAAUUCUGGACCUAGUCCGACCAAGAACCCUCCAGCGCCAGCUCGCCGAACCUCAAACAUCAACGGCUUGAGCAACACGACUGGCACUAGGCGCACGAGUACUGGCAUUAGCGCAUCGACAGGCCCCGGAGCUAGUAGUUUACCCAGAGUGACGACGAGGAGUGUCAGUGCUCGACAGGAGAUAGCCGCGACAGGAGCAACAGCAGCAAUGAGUCGGCGCGCAUGAGGAUGAUGGAAAUGACGAAUGCAUGUUUGGGUAUAGGUACAUAUGAAAGCGCGGGUCUAGAUGGGUGGCAUAAUUACUUUUCUUUCUAAUGAGCAUAGCUUGCGAGGGCCUUUGUUGUUUCAGCAUCACCAUACCCUUUCUUUCUUUACACGAGCUAGAGUUCCGCUUAUUUCGGAGCGGGGAGGUUGCAAGAUGCUGCUGGCUGUGACUUGCUUCUUGACGAGGCGUUUGUGGGGUAGUAUCGAGAAAUAUGGCCGAAGAGCGUUGUGCUUGUCGAAUGGAUGAAUGUAUAUUAAUGUUGCCAGGCUGAAAGGAUUGCCUUGGGAGGAAAACAAAAGAGAC